AUGAUUUCACUUCGCCAAUCUCCCGAAUACAGCACGCACAGCACCACCAGCCUCAUGCAGCCAGCCACAGCAGAUCACCCUCUGAGCACUCAAAACCAAGCGCCACUCAUGUGCAAGGGCGAGAUCGCCUCUCUCAAACACCCACCUCGGCUGUCAUUGCCUCUCAAGAAGAGACCUUACUGCGCCAACAAGUCGCUGCCUUUUGCGUCCAUGCCAGUAGUCAAGCUCUCUGUAUCACGCGGCCCCAAGACACUCACCAAACCUUCACGACCAUCCUUGAGCCUUGUCUCAUCGUCUUCCACUUCGAAACCCAAGAAAUCGGUCCGCUUUUCCAAAGUCCAAAAGACCCGCAUCCUCAAGAAACGCAAUCUCACGCCACAAGACCGAGAGCGGAUGUGGUAUCAAAUGGCCGACUACGCAGCGAUUGACCAAGAUAGCAUCAAGAAUCUCAAAGCUUUGGAGCAAGUCGAUGGGGAUCUGGCACGUCUCAAUCACGACGAAUACUGCAUUCGAGGGCUGGAAAUGAAAACGUCUCCCCACAUUAACCGCCUGCGCCGUCUCCGGGCCAAAAUUUCCGUUCGUGCUGUGUUGGAUACACAAAACCACAACCGAAAAAUGCUGCGCAGGCAAAAUGCAGACGAAGCGCUGGCAGCCGUGUCCCAACAUUACACCACCAAAGCACAAUCGCGGGCACGAGAACUGGGUGUGAUUGAUGCCAUGGAGACGGCACUGCGAUAG